AUGAUAAGCCCUCGAAAAAGCUGCCCCACAAAGAGCGAUGUCCGACAAGAAUGUCGCUUUUUCUGGGUUCUGUUCAACUCCGGCGAUAAAAUAGUGAAGCACAUACCGGAAAGUCUUCAAAACUCAUGUGCUUCGAUCGUUGCUGGUGAGGAUCUUGUCGAUCUGGAGUACGCAGACGAAAUCGUCCUUAUCUUUGAAGACGAAGGCGUAGCACAGGCCCCGGAGCCUAAACCUUUUUUCUUGCCUUCUCACGCAAACAGUGGCUUGCAGUCCGUGAAGAUGACCUCGAAGGGAGAAGGCCGUACUCCAAAACCACCGAAGCCUCCGGAGAAGCCACUGAUGCCCUACAUGCGUUACAGUCGUAAGGUGUGGGAGCAAGUCAAGAACUCUAAUCCACACCUGAAACUCUGGGAAGUGGGAAAAAUUAUUGGACAAAUGUGGCGCGAGUUGCCAGAUGAUGAAAAGAAUAUGUAUGUUGAGGAAUAUGACGCGGAGAAAACGCAAUAUACCGAGGCCUUGAGACAGUAUCACAGUUCUCCGGCAUAUCAGGCUUGGCUAUUGGCGAAGGAGCGAGCUGAGAAAUUAUCGGAGGAACAAGACCAGGAGCGCAAACAAUCCACUAUGCGUUCACGUGACAGAGUGAUGGAUCCCACUCAGACGGAUCUCAGAGAAUCUUAUAUCCUGGAGGACAACGAAGAAGACGCUGAAGAUCAGUACACAGCCAAACACGUCGCUGCAGCUCGUUUUCAGCGCAAUCAUCGCCUAAUGCAAGAGAUUUUGAGUGAUGCUCGCCUUCCGGACCCAGGACAGCUAAUAACACAGAGCCGUCUAAACACACUCAGAUCACAAGUUGAGCAACUAAAGAACCACAAGCGUAACCUCUGUCAAGAGAUUGAAGGUUGCGAACUGCGACACCGGGCCAAAUUGGAACGUAUUCAAGAAGAUUCGGACAAAUUUAUAGCUGACUACGAGAAACUAACGGCGUCGCGUCCCAUGAUCACCGAAUCGCAGUUUGCCGAUAUGAUUGUGAAAGCGAAAUCCGAUCUGCAGCGAGAAGAGGAGGAACGUCUUUCGCGUUAUCUGGCUGAGGUGGAGAUGAGGAGACGCAAACAACAACAGCGUCAACAGCGUGAGGCCGAGCUAGCUGCUGAGGCUGAGCGUCGUCGUCAACAGGCUCAUCAACAGCAGCAGCAGCAACAACAACAACAACAGGCUCAGCAGCAGCAGCAUCUCCAACAGCAGCAACAGCAACUUCAACAGUCGCAGCAGGCUCAAGCUAGGGUCCAGCAAGUCCAAGCUGCUGAGAUGACAGGAGCCAUGCAGCCACAGCUAACCGCAGACCGUCCCAUGAAUGUGCAACAGGAUGAGAAAAUCGAACCCCAUUUCGUUUCUCAACAUCAACCACAACCGCAGCCACCUACUCAGACGCCUAGCAUACAAGAAGUGAAGCCUAACCAGAUGAUGCAGGAGAUUCCAACACAGGCCACUGGUGUGGUGUAUGCUGCUGGGGCGCCAAACCGGUUUCCCAAUCAGCUAUCGGGUGUCAAUGGUGGUCAACGUUUUCCACACUCGAGCCAUACUCAGCACCAUUAUCCACCUCCACCGAGUUACCCACCGUCAAGUUUGCCGCCCCGUGGACCGCCUACAAUGGCCCAACAACAAAUGGUCGCAAAUCUUGCUGUUCCCAGGGCAGCUUCUCCAAUGCAACAAAAGAAACAUCUUUCAUCCGCAUCCUCCUCUUCAUCAGGUUCUUCGACUUCCUCCACAUCUUCUAAGCGCAAAAAAUCCGAUACCACGGUUCCGAAUAAAGAGAGGAAACUGGACAAUGGUGCUGGUGGGAAUGUUACCGGUGAACGUCGUGGACUACCUGAGGAAUCUUCAGAGCAUCCAAGAUUGAAUGAUAUGACCUGUGGGCCAGCUUCUGUUGGAGACUACUCCUCUAAUUCUGGAGUACAAGCUGUUAGUCGCCAGACUAUACCACAGUACGCACAGCCACCGCCACAACAGGCCGCUGCCCCACCAUCUAGCUCUGCAGCUGGUCAUCCUUCGAACGUUGUUGGUCAACCUCCGUUCGGCUACGAACAGCACAAUGUGCCUCCUAGCAGCGUGCCAAUGUCUGUUGCCUCAGGUUACUACCAUCAUCCCGUUGUUCAAUCUGCUGGCCACCCCGGAGGAGGUUUCCCACCUCAUGCUCCACGCCCACAAUUCGGACAUGGUGGGUACGUUCCAGGACAGUAUUCACCGGGUUCUCAUCAGCCGACACCUGAGCAUGCUCCUCCUCCAAUGUACGUGCAACAUGUGCCUCAGCAACAGCCUUCAGCACAUAUGAGUCACCAGGGAGCUCCUUUGGUUGGUUCUCCUCCGCACACUGCUGCUCGUCCACCGCACGGUCAUCCAGGUGCUGCAGUUAGUUGGCAUCAAGGGUAUCCCCCACAGUACGGCCCACCUAGGUAUCCGGGACCUGGCGGACCUGUUGGCUACCCGGGACAUCCAGGUCGUCAUAUUCCGACGACUGGUGCCUAUGUACUACCGCCCCAUCCAGGUAUGCAUCAUCCGGCACAACACCACCAGCCAGCGCCUAACGCACCACCGCAGCCAGGAGCAGUACCAGGUCCGGAAACCGGUCCAAUGGGGCAACAACAGCAACAACAACAAAUCCCAGCGCCACCACCGUAUCAGCAACAAGCAAAUGUACCUCCUGGUUACUGGGGUUCCCCACAUCAAGUCGCUCCUCCGGAGUAUGGUGUACCUCCUGGUCACCCAAUGCAUCCCUACAUGUCCGCACCACAUUCGGAGGGUUCAGGAAUGGCCCAUCCUCCGUCUUCAAUGGAGAGCAUACCACCAGGAUCAUCAGUUCCGACUAUGAUGCAUCCUGAGGCUUCUCCAGGUCAUAUGCCUGUCCAACAGUCUCACCACUCAACUGUGUAUUAUCCAGGCUAUCCACAUCCAUCAAUGCCAGCUGGAGCACCUUACGGACCGUCAGGCAACAUGCCUCCCGGUGGUUUCUACGCUGCACCACCACAACACCAAGGAGGUCAGUACCAACCAACCCUGCCACCACAGCCGCACGGUACACAGGUCCAGUGGGGGCCGUAUCCACCUCACAUGGGUCAGCAACAACAACAACCAUCAUCCCAUCCACACAGUUAUCAACAAAGCCAACCGCAUGGACAUCCGCAUCCACAACCUCCUCCUACGAGUGCUACACCAGGAGCAAGGGCAAAUACACCUCUGCCUAAUCCCGAUUCUGGACCAACUUCCGCUGAUGGAGGCGUUUCCAUGCCCAUCAGUAGUACAGUCUCUAGUCCCGUAGCUUCGAUUGGCAACCAAGGUCCCCCACCUACGUAACUUUCCAUACCUUAUAUGUGUAACUGUCUGUCGUCUCCCCUUCUUCGUCGUCUUACCCUUCCCGGUUUCCUAUGCUUCCUAAUUAAUACCCAAUUCUGUAGCCAUAAUUCGAACUUUUUCCGCUUCCCUUGUCAUGUUCGCUUCAAUUUCCUCGUUUUUGUUCUGCAUAUUGUGUCCUC